GGAUCGGACCGAAAUACCCCUACCUUUUAAACACUAGCUUGCUUUGGUUUGUGGGGUUUUGCGGUAAUUUCGCAAAGCAGAGGAGGAGACUCUACUUGAAUAUCUUUGCAUUAUAAAUUGCAGUAUUGGCAUGCCUUGAAGUAAACAACCACCUUCUUCUUCUUCUUAGUAAUUCAAAUAUCCCCUUGUUUAUAUAGAAUGCUAAAGUUGAUGACGCUGAUCUCAUCAUCUCUGUUAAUUAACAUGAUCAAGCUACUCAGCUUGGCAUUAUUUUUCUCCACUGCCACACAAGUAACGUGCAGACUGAGCCACGAAACGGAUCGAUCAGCAUUGCUUUCAUUCAAGGAACUAAUAGCCGAGGAUCCGCUUGGCUCGUUAAAUUCCUGGAAUAGUUCUCUCAAUCUCUGCAAAUGGGACGGAGUAACAUGCAGUCACAAGCAUUGGAGAGUAGUGGUUCUGGACUUGAGGGGAAAAAGUCUGAGGGGAACAAUGUCACCUUUCUUGGGAAACCUCUCUUUUCUCAGAUCCCUAUACCUCCAGGAAAACAGAUUCCAAGGAAACAUCCCCCUGGAGCUCAACCGCUUGUUCAGGCUACAACUUUUGAAUUUCAGUAGCAAUUCUCUCCAAGGGGAAAUUCCAACCAAUUUGUCAAACUCCCUCGGUAUCAUUUUUUUAAGACAUAAUGAUCUAGUUGGAAAAAUUCCAGCCUCAUUUGGUUCUCUCUCCAAGCUCACUGAUCUUGACCUUACGUCCAACCACCUCAUCGGUGGGAUUCCACCUUCUCUCGGUAACCUGUCCCUCCUCCAAAGUGUAAGUUUCGCAAGGAAUAGUCUCACAGGAAAUAUUCCACAUUCCAUUGGUCGCCUUAGCAACCUUGAUAGGUUUGGCGUUGGAUCGAAUAAAUUGUCAGGCACUAUCCCUCCCGCACUUUAUAAUAUCUCGACUCUCAGUUGGCUAAUCACGACAGGUAACCAACUUACAGGCAGUUUACCCCAAGAUAUUGGUCUUAGACUCCCCAACCUGAUAUUUGUUAGCAUUGCGGUUAACCAAUUUUGGGGACCAAUUCCUGCUUCUCUUUCUAACGCAUCUAGAAUGGAAUACCUUUCUCUAUCAGAUAACAAUUUUUCGGGGGGAGUUCGUUUUGACAUAGGGAGAAAGAUGAAGAAUCUUUUCUAUCUAAAUCUGGGUAGAAACAAUUUAGGUUCUGGGGAUGCUCAUGACUUGAGUUUCAUCGAUUCGUUUACAAACUGUAGCAUGCUACAAUCAUUCAAUUUCUAUGCAAAUGGUUUUGGUGGUGUUUUACCUACUUCCAUAGCCAAUCUCUCAAGUCUCCUCAAUAGGUUAUUAGCAGGACGAAACCAGCUGGUUGGAAGCAUACCCGCGGGAAUUUCCAACUUCGUCAACUUAGAUGUCUUGGGUUUGGAAGGAAACUUUUUAUCAGGUGUCAUUCCCUUUGAAAUAGGGAAGCUUAGAAAUCUGCAAGGACUAGAUUUCAGUAGAAAUAAACUGUCCGGCCGCAUCCCAGAAAGCAUUGGGAAUCUCACUCGAAUAUUUCUGCUAUACCUGGAUGACAACAACUUGAAUGGAACCAUACCUUCAAGUAUUGAAAACAUCCUGGGCUUGCAAACCUUGAAUCUUUCACAUAAUUUCUUAACUGGUCCCAUACCCAAAUCAAUUGGCCUUUUCUCCACUUUAGCUUUCAUGAAUUUGGAAAAUAACUCUUUUAUGGGUGCCCUGCCACUCGAAAUCGGUAAAUUGAACAAUCUCCAGGAACUAGAUGUUUCGGAGAACAAGUUGUCUGGACAUAUUCCUAUUACUCUAGGAAAUUGCUUGAAAUUGGAAGGCCUUUUUCUAGAGGGUAACACGUUUCAGGAUAGUAUUCCUCCCUCUUUAAGCUCUUUGAGAGGAAUCCAAGUUCUAGAUCUGUCGCGCAAUAACUUGUCCGGCCAAAUUCCAGAAGAUCUAGCUGCCCUCGGUCUUUUAAAGAAUCUGAACUUGUCCUUUAACAACUUGGCUGGUGAGGUGCCUUUGCAAGGUGUCUUCAAAAACUUGAGUGCGAUUUCACUUGUUGAAAAUAAAGGGCUUUGUGGAGGUAUUGUAGAAAUGCGGUUACCUGCUUGCCCAAAGUCCAUAAAGAAGGAGAAUUGCCUUGGCUUCAAAAUUAUUGUUCCAAUUGCUUGCAUAAUCCCAUGUCUUACACUGGUGCUACUUUUGGUUGUUUUUCUUAGGAAAAGAAAACAGAAUAACAAAUAUCUCACCCAACCAGUCAUAGGAGAUGAUUUCUUGAGGGUUUCAUAUGAUCAGCUCCAUAACGCCACUGGUGGAUUCUCUUCAUUAAACUUAAUUGGAGCUGGAAGUUUUGGCACCGUGUACAAAGGAAUUCUCUAUGAAGGGGAUAAACCAAUUGCAGUCAAGGUGCUCAAUCUUGAACAAAGAGGAGCAUUGAAGAGCUUCUUGGCUGAGUCUGAAGCUUUGAGGAAAACAAGGCACAAAAAUCUUCUAAAGAUGAUAACAGUUUGUUCAAGUACAAACCAUGCAGGGGAUGAUUUUAAAGCACUAGUUUUUGAGUACAUGCCCAAUGGAAGUUUAGAGAAUUGGUUGCAUCCAAAAGAAGAUACACCAAGACAAGAAUGGAACUUAAGCCUUUCCCAAAGGCUAAAUAUAGCGAUCGAUGUUGCAUGUGCCUUAGAAUACCUUCAUCAUUGUUGUGAAACUCCAAUUGUUCACUGCGAUCUAAAGCCAAACAAUGUUCUCAUCGAUGAAGACAUGAUUGCCCAUGUGGGAGAUUUUGGGCUGGCCAAGUUCCUCACCAUCAAUAGCGGUAACAGUGGUGGUGGGCAAUCAAAUUCACUUGCAAUCAAAGGUUCAAUAGGAUAUGUUGCACCAGAAUAUGGAAUUGGAGGAAGGACAUCUACAGAAGGAGAUAUUUACAGCUAUGGGAUUUUGUUAUUGGAAAUGCUAACAGGAAAAAGACCGACUGAUGAAUUGUUUACAAGCAGACAAAGCCUUCAUGAAUUUUGCAAGGUGGCAUUGCCAGAGAGAGUGAUGGACAUUGUUGAUCCACACAUGCUACUAGAAGAGCCUACUGAAGGUGAAAACGAUGCUCAGAACGAAAGAAAUGCCAAAAUAAGAGAAUGCUUAGUAUCCAUUGUGAGGAUUGGAAUUGCAUGUUCUGUAGAAUCACCUGGCGAAAGGAUGAACAUCAAGGAAGUGAUCAUAGGAUUAAUGAAAAUAAAGGAAGUAUUUCUCGGAGUAGGUAUCCAUAGGAGGAGAAAACUGAGGAUGCGACUCACCGGUGAAGGAACGUCUCGAGAAUAGCUACUAAGAGUGCCACUAGAGGAAUUGACUGCGGAGACUGGUUGGAAGGUUUGAAGCACAAUCACUUAGUUAGAAAGGCCAAAACCCAAAUAUGCAGGCUGGUUUGUUAAUCAUGUAAGUUAAGAAGAAUAAAAGAGAAGGUGAAAGUUCUCUCCCAUAUAUAGUUUUUAUUUUUCAAGUAGUCAUAGUUGUGCAUAUUUAAUUCUGUAUGCAUGUAAGUUCCCCCUAAAUAGUUAUAUUUAAGGCAUUAAGAAUGUGCCAGUAGCAUCUUUAUUGGUUUGGUAACAAAUA